AUGAACCGAGCCUUACUAGGGAAAUGGGUAUGGAAGUUUACUUCUGAAAAAAAGUCUUGGUGGAAGAGAGUAGUUUGUGUUGUUUACAAUAUGGAUUCGAAUUCCAUUUUUAUGGGGAAUUCGUGGUCAGCUCGUGCAUCGUGGAUUUGGAAAUGUGUGGUGAAAAACUUCUUCAACAGUGAUGAUUUUGGAGAUUGUCUUAGAAUGAAUAUGCGUUUGAAGGCAGGAAAUGGGGAAGAUGUGGAGUUUUGGAAUGAUGUAUGGUUGGGUGAUGUUCCCUUGAAAAUUUUGUUUCCUAGACUUUAUGUUUUAUCAAAUAAUAGAGCGGGCAAAGUGAUGGAGUUUAUGUUGAUCACUAUGUUGAAUAAUACCUCUCUUUUUCCUGCUGAAGAUGAUCGUUGGAUUUGGUUAGGGAAUGGGGAAGGAACUUUCACAACAAAGUCUUGUAUAAACUCUUUCUUUGACCAAGGUCGUUUUGAGCAGAAUCAUGUGAAUUGGGAAAAUAAUAUUUGGACAGGUUUAGCUCCUCCAAGGGUGGAAAUGUUUGUUUGGCAAUUAGUGCAGCAAAGAGAAUCGGUUAAAGAGGAGUUAGCUAAGAGAAGUGUUGCAGAGAUUGUUGAUCAUCUUUGUGUUUUGUGUGGCCGGGAGGUGGAAUCAGUUUCCCAUUUAUUUCUGCAUUGCAGGGUUGUGUGGGGUCUGUGGUCUUCCUUCUUGAAAAUGUGGAAUGUGUCAUUGGUGAUUCCAAAGUGUAUCAUGGACUUUAUAAUUUUGUGGGAUGAUUUUAUGACUAACUCUUUGAAUUGGAAAUUCAUUCCUAUGGCAGUGAUGUGGUCAGUCUGGAAAUAUAGAAAUGAGAUUAUCUUUCAGAAAAGAAAGCUGGAUUUGGUUAGAUUAUCCUUCAUUGUUAGAUUUAGAGUGGCUUCCUGGUUUAGUGCUCGUUUUAAGGAUGUGGCCAUUCCUUUAUAUUCUCUAGUAGGUGAUUUGAAACUUGCAGAUUCGGCAGGCAGAUCAGGAAAGGGUUGCUAUCAAUCAGCUUGA